AUGGCGCAUCCUUUUCCGCAGUUCCAAUCCUUGGGAAUUCGGACUUGGCUCAGCUACCCGGAAAAGCCGCUCCCGGGCCAGCUGGUCGUUAUCUGCACCUGGCUGGGCGCCUCGUCCAAGCAUAUUGGCAAGUACCUAGAUCUGCAUCGUGCGGUCGCUCCGGGCGCACGGAUCUUAUUGAUCGAGUCCGAGGUGGCCAUUCUGGUCAGCAGUUAUGCCCAUCAACGACGCCGGAUCCAACCUGCGGUCAGAGCGAUUCGCGACACGCUCGCCGAGGGCUCGAAGGCGCAUCGUCCCAAGAUAUUGCUCCAUACCUUUUCUAAUGGCGGGACAAACACGGCCACGCAGCUGCUGAUCACUCUGCGCGAGACUCUCCAGGAGCCAUUGCCGCUCGUGGGUAUCGUGCUCGAUAGCUCGCCGGCGAAGGGCACCUACUGGAAAUCCUACGACGCCAUGGUCUUUUCCCUACCUCCGGCCGGUCGCAUCGUUAGCUCGAUGGUGGUACACUUUCUCCUCGUCUUGCUUUAUACCUGGAUUGCCUGCGGUAACGAGAACCCGGCUGCUCUGAUGCGCCGCACCUUGCUAGACGACGAGACGAUCGAAUCCGGGGAGGAGAUGUACAAUGCUGGAGUUAAUGGAAACAUCUGCUAUCUUUACUCCAAAGCAGAUAAGAUGACGGACUGGCGCGAUAUCCAGGACCACGCCGAAGACGCCCGACUGAAGGGAUGGAAUGUGCAGGAGAUUCUGUUUGAAGGGAGUGGCCAUUGUGCUCAUUUGGCCCAGGAUGCGACGAAGUACUGGGCUGCAGUGGAACGUGUUUGGAAUUGGAGCUCCCCCAAAAGCUCGAAACUCUGA